AUGCCAGUCAUAAACGUAGAUGACUUGACAGACAAGGACAAGGCUGUAAUGGAAGUAAAUCAACUUAAAGUUGAAGUGAAACUUGAGAGGUGGUUGACAUCUAAAUGCUGUGAAGAAAUCAAGGACUACAUUCAGGCUGGAGUGGAGGAGGACACCCUUGUCAAAGGCAUUUCAGAGGAGAAGAACCCCUUCAAGGAGAAAGGUGGCUGUGUCAUCUGCUAG